CCAGACUCCAAGAACUAAAAGCCAUUAUAACAAAAAUAUUUGGAGAAUAACGUUGUGCUGCCAGUGGAAACACGUGUUAAAUCGUUUUCGGAAGAGGGAAUUAAGAUUGACGGAAAGCAAUGGCCACCUCUUCAAGUGAGACACUACCAUUACUUAAAAUUUCACAAACAAUAGAGGGUAAUUACCCAACCUGGAUGUUUUGGAAAAAAAAGCGCAACGUAGUAGCGAUUUUGGCAUUUUUCGGUUUCCUUAAUUGUUACACCAUCAAAGUCAACCUCAGCGUGGCCAUUGUUGCAAUGACCACAAACACCACCAUUGUUAUGGACAACGUCAAAAUCAACGAGGUCUCGGAAUUUAAUUGGGAUUCCAAAAUGCGCGGGUACGUCCUGAGCGCGUUUUUCUACGGGUACAUGACAACCCAGAUGAUCGGUGGAUGGUUAUCCAUAAAAAUCGGGGGCCAAAAGCUCUUCGGACUUGGAAUCGUCAUGGCAGGAUUCCUCACUCUGCUAACCCCAUGGGCAUCCAGAACCAGCGUUUAUCUUCUUAUAGUUUUACGAAUUUUGGAAGGAAUUUGUGAAGGAGUCACUUCUCCUUGUAUGAACACCCUGUGGUCUAAAUGGGCGCCUUCAUUGGAACGGACGAAGUUGGCAACGGUGGCGAUGUCUGGGUGCUACUUCGGGACGGUGCUGGCAAUGACAGCUAGUGCUUACUUGGCAGAAACGCUAGGAUGGCCUAGCAUUUUCUACGUUUUUGGUGGCAUUUCCAUAGUUUGGUUUAUAAUCUGGAUGUGGUUUGUCAGCGAAACGCCAGCCGAAGAUCCACGAAUUUCCAAAACGGAGCUAAAUUACAUUUUACAAUCUGUAGGAAGUGUUCAAGAUGAACAUAUGUUGGAAAAAUCGUGGACAAAAAUGUUGACGUCCCCUGCAGUUUGGGCAAUCAUUGUAUACAGUUUUGCAAAUGACUGGGCUUUUUAUACGAUUUUGACGCAACUCCCGACGUACCUUAAAGACAGGUUUGCCUACGAUUUGGGAAAAAUUGGAUUUCUGUCUUGUGUACCCUAUAUAGCCACACCCUUUGUUAUUAUUAUUUCCGGUCAACUGGCAGACUGGUUACGAAAAACAGAUAUUUUUACAACAACGCAAGUGCGAAAAAUUUUCACUUGCACUAGCUCUGUCGCUCAGACACUUCUUUUAAUAGCAGUGAGUCAUUGUUCUUCGGUUACAGUGACUGUGUUUUGUAUAGUUUUAGGAGCGGCUUUUGAAGCGUGGGGCUACUCAGGAUAUGGAGUUAAUGGGCUUGAUAUUGCACCUCAACAUGCUGGACUCAUUAGCGGAAUAAGUAACACUGUGGCUUGUCUGGCAGGAAUGUGUAGCCCUAUUUUUGCCGGUUACAUUGUGACUACCUCACUUGAAGAGUGGAGGAUUGUUUUUUAUCUAGCGAGUGGUAUAAUUUUUUUUGGAGGUGUCUUUUAUGGAGUUUUUGCCUCAGGAGAUGUCCAAGCUUGGAAUGUCAGUAGAACGUCGUCAUAUGAGCUCUUAAUGACCAUUUCAGAUGACGACGACGACGACGAAUAACAAAAGUAAAAUUUAUAUAAUAUUUAUAUAUCAUGUCAUGACACUGCGUUGUUUUUAAUUCCA